GGCUGCGGCGCAGCGCUUCCCUGGCCACCAAGGUCUUCGUGCAGCGGGAUUACAGCGAUGGGACCACGUGCCAGUUCCAGACUAAGUUCCCCCCCGAGCUGGAGAGCCGGAUUGAGCGGCAGCUCUUUGAGGAAACUGUGAAAACCCUUAAUGGCUUCUACGCCGAGGCAGAGAAGAUUGGGGGCA